UCGUAUCGUGUGGUCACCAUUUCUCGGACCCAACCGCCUCCACCACACGCCUUCUUCUCUUGUUCCGGCGAGUGAGAGAGAGAAGAAAUCAGAAGACGAUUACUACUUCUUCUUCUUCUUCUUCUUCUUCUUCUUCUUCUUCUUUUUUGGUUCAUGGCGGGCACUUGUACGUCGAUUAGGCCUCGCCUCUUAGGCUCUUGUUCGAUUGCUGAGCUCUCCAGGUUGAUCAAUCGAGCCGGAGUUCCUUUCUCUGUUCGGAUCUCCACCAGAAGGUCCAGAACCCGAGGCCACGGAGGUGGUUUCACGGCACGGACCUUACGUGAGGAAGGUCCUUCUUGCAUCUUCGUCGGUCCGAUUGAUUCCGCCCGGAAAGAAACCUUAGAAGCUCUCUACCGCCAAGCGAGGGAUGCGUAUUACAACGGCAAGCCUUUGAUAGUUGAUGACAUGUUUGACAGAGUUGAGCUAAAGCUUCGGUGGUAUGGUUCGAAAUCGGUUGUCAAGUACCCUCGGUGCAGCCUCCUGCGACAGUCAACUUAUGCUGAUGCAGAGGAUGAUGCAUCUCAAGUUCUCCUGUUAGCUACCAUAUGGAUCUUGAUUCUCUUGUUUGGUAGCUCAGCAUGCGUUUUGCCCGCGAUGUAUGGCCUCGGCUUAGUCUAUGGAGGAGAUCCGUUUGACUCAGGGCUUGUCUAUACAGGCCAAUUGUCAUCUUCUGUGCCUCUUUUGUCAAAGUUUAACGGCAUCCUCCUCACCGUGCUAGGACCUGCUUUUGGAUAUCCGAUUGCAUCUUCUGCAAUGAGAGUACUUGAAGGCCUAUGGAGAAAUGACUUAACGGCUCUAAAAGGAGACUGCCCAAAUUGCGGGGAAGAGGUUUUUGCAUUCGUGAGAUCCGAUCAAUCAAACCGAUCAGCUCACAAAGCCGACUGUCAUGUCUGUGAGUGCACCCUGGAGUUCCGUACCAAAGUGGAGAAAUCUGUGUCACCAUUGGGUAGAAAAUGGGUUUACGGCAGGAUAUACCUUGUUUCACGGCCAAGGAGGAACCGGCGUUCCAAGUAUACAUAAUUCUGACAAAGACAAAUAGAAUUUUUUGGUUUCUACUCAAUUGUGUAUCUUUUUAUUUAAAAGAAAGAAGGAUAUUAGAAACUAGAAAGGUGUUUGUAUCAUUCAAAAUAUUCAUAAAAGUUUUACUAUGUAACGUUUUGUCUCUUGUAGCCUUUUUCUUCCCACAGUUUACAAAAAGGAAAAGAAGAAAAACAGAGAUUCGUUCCGGGACUCCCAGGUAUUGCAAAACUGGCAUUAGCUGCUGAGUAAAAAAGAAUGUUUCUCAGCUUUUUCUCAGAAGUGUGCCAAACUAUAGACAAGAAUCCAUGCGAGC